AAAGAAACAAACAGGCGGAAUCGGAAGUGGGCUGAACGAACAAAUAAAACGGCACGCACACGGCGACAGCCACAAACAGGAAGGCAAGACAGUCACAGUCACAGUCACAGUCAGACUCACAGUCACGGUCACAGUUAGUUAAGCGAUUUCAGAGAAACAUGUAUGCGGCACUAAUGGACAUGAGCCAGAUGCUGGCUGCAAGCCUGGCCUACGCGCCAGCGGAGUCAAGCUCCGCUGCAGCUGCUGCCGGGGUCAAUCUUAGCCAGCUCAGCAACUCCAGUCAGCUGGAUGGAUCGUCCGUGGUAACGGUAGCCACAGCAGCGACAGUGGCCCAGCAUAAUGCCAGCAUCGAGGAGUCCUCGUAUGUGAAGGUAUUGGAUCGCCCGGAGACCUAUAUUGUCACCGUGCUCUACACGCUCAUCUUCAUCGUGGGCGUGCUGGGCAAUGGCACUUUGGUCAUCAUAUUCUUUCGCCAUCGCUCCAUGCGCAACAUACCCAACACCUACAUCCUCUCCCUGGCUUUGGCCGACUUACUGGUCAUCCUGGUCUGCGUCCCUGUGGCCACGAUUGUCUACACACAGGAGAGCUGGCCCUUCGAGCGCAACAUGUGUCGCAUUAGCGAGUUCUUCAAGGACAUUUCGAUUGGAGUCUCCGUCUUCACGCUGACCGCGCUCUCUGGCGAACGCUACUGCGCCAUUGUCAAUCCGCUACGCAAGUUGCAGACAAAGCCGCUGACUGUCUUCACGGCCGUCAUUAUCUGGGUGUUUGCCAUUAUGCUGGGCAUGCCCUCGUUCGUUGUCUCGGACAUCCAGAGCUACAACAUAACCACGCCCAACGGCAACAUAACCAUUGGAGUCUGCUCUCCAUUUCGAUCCAAGAUUUAUGCAAAAUACAUGGUGGUGGCCAAGGCGUCCAUCUACUAUUUGGUGCCACUGUCCAUCAUCGGCGUGCUAUACAUCAUGAUGGCCAAGCGACUCCACAUCAGCGCCCGCGACAUGCCCGGCGAGCAGCUGAGCAUCCAGAGCCGCAGUCAGGCGCGGGCUCGCCGCCAUGUCGCCCGCAUGGUGGUGGCCUUUGUGGUCGUGUUCUUCAUUUGCUUCUUUCCAUAUCACGUAUUCGAGCUGUGGUACCACUUCUACCCGACGGCCGAGGACGACUUCGACGACUUCUGGAAUGUGGUGCGCAUCGUGGGAUUUUGCACCAGCUUCCUCAAUUCGUGCGUUAAUCCUGUGGCACUCUACUGUGUGUCCGGCGUGUUUCGGCAGCAUUUCAACCGUUAUCUGUGCUGCAUUUGCGUCAAGCGGCAGCCCCAUCUUCGCCAGCACUCGACCGCCACAGGCAUCAUGGACACCAGCGUCACCUCUAUGCGUCGCUCCACCUAUGUGGGUGGUGGCAUCGCAGCUGGCGGGGCUAGAGAGGGUGGGCCGCGUGCCUCGGUACACAUGAACAACAACCACGGCGUCAGCGGAGCUGCAGGCGGUCGUGGCGGCAGCUUCCAUCGACAGGACUCGAUGGCCUUGCAGCACGCAGGCAGCAUCAACGGGCACUCGCACAAUGCGAACGUGGGCGCUGGGGCUGGCAUCGGCCGAGCCUCCAUCAUCAAUGAGAAAAGGUGAGGCACACUGAUUGUGGAGCUGCUGGAGGAGGGCUCCACUUCCCAACAGGCCGACGCGCAGCUCUAAGCACUUGGCCACUGAUCUCACUCACACAAUCGCUGUAUGUGUGCGUGGCUCUGUGUGUGAGUGUGUCGCACCCGCACUGCAAUUUAUACACACUCUCGCUAUGCUAAUUGGCAGUAAUUGUUGUGUUGAGCCCCAGCAUCACUGAAAUGGCAAUUGGCGUGGGUAUUAGCCUCGGCUAUAAGCCUAUGGGUGCUGUACAUAGCCAGCUGGCCUUUGUCCUUAGCCACUGACCAUCUGGGCACGUGUGUGUAGGCAUUGCACUAAUGUUGGUGAGCUACCCACAAAGGCCUGCUCAGGCUGAAAGCGAACCUGAGCUAAGAGCGGAAAAGUACUCGAAUAUUCCAAUAGCCCUUGUGCUAUCCCCCUCUUCAGCAAAGCUCCCCCUAUGUGUAUCCCCGUAUUAAUCAUAUGUAAAUUCCAUGGCAAUUGUGAGGCUCAAUUCGUUGUAAAUACAUAUAAUAAUUAUAAUCGCAAUACCCUCUGAUUCGGCGUACUCUAUGUGAUGUGGCAAAGUCCUAGU